AUGUCUUCUGAGAAUACGACUUACAGCCAGUUCGCCUGUAUCGGCGCAGGCUUCUCAGGUAUUGGGUUAGGUGCAACUCUCAAGCGAUGGUAUAACAUUACCGAUGUUCAGAUCUUCGAGCGCCAUAACAACCUCGGUGGGACAUGGUAUAUCAAUCAAUAUCCAGGUUGCGCCUGCGAUGUCCCAAGCGCUCUUUACAGCUUCUCCUUCGAGCAGAAGCCGGACUGGACCCGCAUUCAGGCCGAUGCCGGAGAGAUUCGCGCGUAUCUGAAUGCGGUUGCCAAUAAGUACGAUCUUGUGCGCCGCAUUCAAUUUAAUACGAAUGUCGAGCGCUGCGAAUGGAUCGACGAGAGGAGGCGCUGGCGUAUUCGUGCCCGCCACAUUGAAUCUGACGAGGUUUUUUACCACGAGUCGCGAUUUCUCUUCGCUGGAACCGGCCUCCUUUCCCAGCCACGAGAAUUGGACAUCCCUGGCACCGAGACGUUUACGGGUCCCAUUUUCCAUGCUUCUCGGUGGCGCCAUGAUGUCGAGCUCAAGAACAAGGAGGUCAUUGUUUUUGGGAAUGGGUGCACGGCUGCGCAGCUCCUUCCUGCUAUUCUGGGCGAUGUGAAGCAUGUUACACAGGUGAUCAGGUCGAAGCAUUGGAUGUUGCCUCCUAUCAACGCGCGUAUGCAUUCACUCCUUCGCACGGUGUUCUUUUACAUCCCACCGCUGAUGUGGCUUUGUCGUGUGCUUCUUUUUGUUUUUCUCGAAGCUGGGCAUCGGUCGUUUCCUCUUACUGAAAGGGGCGCUAAAAACCGAGCUCGGGAUCGAAAUGAGGCCAUCAAUUACAUCAAGUCGACUGCACCACAAAAGUAUCACAAGUUAUUGAUUCCCGAUCAUGAAAUUGGGUGCAAACGCCGAAUCAUCGAUUCUGGGUAUCUCAAGAGUCUGCACUCAGAUAAAUUGACCCUGACAGACGAGAAAGUUCUGAAGGUUGUGCCAGAGGGGAUCCGCACCGAGACCGGAAUCAAGAAAGCCGACCUGCUCAUCCUGGCGAAUGGAUACAAGACGGGUAUCUUUCUUCCCGGUAUUGAGAUGAUCGGUCGAGGUGGCACAACGCUAACCCAGCACUGGGACUCGAUCGGUGGACCGGAGGCAUACAACUGCUCUGCGAUGAGUAAUUUCCCCAAUUUCUUUCUUCUCGUAGGACCGAAUGGUGCAACAGGUCACCAAUCAGCAGUCCUGACGGUCGAGAACUCGGUCAACUAUGCUCUUCGAAUCAUCUAUCCGGUACUGGACGCUCUAGAUGGGGUUGUCGAGCUACGUCGAGAAGCAGAAGAGAAGCAUUCACAGCAGUUACAGAGCAGCUUGGAUAGAACGGUGUUCAAUACCGGGUGUCAGAGCUGGUACAAGCCGGAGUAUAAGGGGAAGAAGUGGAACAGUAUGGCAUAUCCUUGGUCCCAAUAUUAUUUUUGGUAUCGAAGCGUGUUUCCCGUAUGGCACGACUGGAAGAUUUCGAAAUGA